AGAUAUUGCCAAGGAUUCACAUCGCGAGCGCAAAGCCGGCGCAUUUCCAAUUCGCACCGCGUCGCAAACGGUUACCUAAAUCGCGAACGUGAGUGAAAUAAAAUUACAAUUUCUUAAACCGAAAAAUGCAUCCGUAUUUACGACGAACCGUCAGGGUGACUUCAGCUUCGCUCGAGUGGUUGCGUCUCACCACCCUUCGUGCAACCACCAGAAUUAUCGAGUUGAUUGUUUUGAGUUGGUUGAGUGUUUAUUACAUUGCGGAAGCCUUGAUCUUGACCUUCACUCCGUCGUUUCUUCGACGGAUGAAAACCCUUCGAGGGAAAGUCGUUUUGGUCACGGGAGGCGCCGGUGGAGUGGGUCAAGAGUUAGCCCUGAGACUUGCCCGACAAAAGGCACGAGUUGUCAUUUGGGACAAUAAUGAAAAAGCUUUAGAAAAAGUCCGUGAAAAAAUAGAAUGUGAAGGUUACAAAGUUCACACUUAUCCAGUGGACAUCACCGAUCGUGAAAACGUCUACAAAUACGCCACCAUUGUUAAAACGGACAUAGGCCCCAUCGACAUCCUCAUAAACAACGCCGGAGUUGUUUGUGGCCAAACAUUCCUCGAAAUCCCCGAUUACAUGAUCGAAAAAACAUUCAAAGUGAACAUUUUAUCGCACUAUUGGACCACCAAAGCCUUUCUCCCCGACAUGAUCAAAACCGGAAAAGGCCACAUUGUCACAAUCGGAAGCCUCACCGGACUUUUGGGCACUUACAAAUGCACCGAUUACAGCGCCUCCAAACAUGCAACGAUCGGUUUCCACGAAAGUCUCCUAAUUGAGCUCAAAACACACGGUCAUCAUGAAAUUAAAAUGACGUUAGUUUGUCCCUAUUUCAUAAACACAGGGAUGUUUGCUGGUUGCAAACCCAGAAACAUGAGCAUGUUGGAACCGAAGGAUGUUGCAAAAAGGAUAAUUACGGCUAUUAGGAGGGAGGAAGUCUAUGUCACAAUGCCCACUUUCUCGCGGUUUCUUCUCCCCGUCAAAAACUUCCUUCCGGCGAAACUAAACUGGGCUUUGGUCUACAAAGUGAUCCAAGGGCCCCAAUCCAUGAUGGGCAUGCGAAACUUUGAAGUGGAAGCAGCUUAGUUGUAAGAAUUUAUUAAGAAAAUCAAAACAAAUCGUAAAAAUAUCGCAAUCCUUGACCCAACUCCCAGAUGGAAAUCCCUGUUCCUAGUUUUUUGCACAGUUCAAUUCUCUUAUUGAGCGAAUACAAAGUGGGGUAGAAGAGUAAAUGUUUCCCGUUUGUUUCCCUACAAAAAAAACAUAAUUUUUGUUUAAAUUAAUUAAAUAAAUUACUCGUAUUCGACGUAAUGUUCGCCGAUUUGUGGAUCAUAAACCAUC